GAUUAAGAAAUUACUGUUCACUUUUAAAGUUUAUCAUUUAAAAUAUUCUCAAAGCCUGUUCAUGUUUAUUUUUCUAGAUUUUUUUUCCUCCAUUGCACAAAAAGAUGAAUGUGGUUUGCACCAUUGCCCCUUGUGUCCAUAUGCUUCACCAAUAUCAACGAAUGUCAGAGUGCAUUUGCGAAUCCAUACUGGGUUGAAGUCUCAUACUUGUAAAAUCUGUGGCAAGUCCUUUUCGCAGAAGGCCCACCUGAUUACACACAUGAGGCUGCAUUCAGGAGAACGUCCCUUCAAGUGUGAUCUUUGCACCAAAAGUUUCACUCAAAAAGUGCAUUUACAGAGACAUUAUUUUCGGUGCAACUACAACAUGACAUGCUUCAUUCCUGAUUCUUUCGGUCUACACCACGACGUUCAUCUUCAGUGGAUACCAUCCCACGUUGACAUCUUUGGAAAUGAGCAAGCGGAUCGCUUGGCCAAGGAGGGCUGUAGUCAUUUAACAUCUUCGUCCUCAGCCCUUACCUUUUCUGAGUAUCAAUCCAAAAUCAAAAGCCAUUUAUCAAAAAAGUGGAGGAUCCCUCCCUCUCAUCAUUGGUAUGCGGCCAAGGAACCGGGCUCUUCACUUGUUCAUGUAGGUGAUAGAGCAUCUCAAACAGCUAUUUCCAGACUGGCAAGCGGACACACGAACAGUCUCUCGUACUUUAAAGGAAGAAAGACUUAUGCAGUUUGCUCUAAAUGUGAAGCCCAGCAGGCCUCAGCAGAACAUAUCCUCGACUGCUUGGGCCUUUCCAAGGAGGACUUAUAUGCUUCUCCACUUCUUGUAAUCGACUUUUUGAGGAUCAAAGGGUCAACAACUUACUGGAUCUUGUCUGACCUCGUCAGACAAUUAGAGGAUAAACAACAACAACAUAUAUCAGAUAGAUCUCUUUUCAAUGUUACAUUUACAGUUAGAGAUAUAAUUGAGCAGGAAUUUGCGCUCUCAUGUGGGAUUUCUGAUGCUUACCAAAAUGAAGAAGGUUUAUUUGUUUGUGAAUUCUGUACAUAUUCUACCAAUAACAAAUAUAGUUUGAAAACUCACGUAAGCAUGCAUACCAAAGAACGGCAGUAUAUAUGUGGAGUGUGUCAAAAAUCCUUUAACCAAAAAGGUCAUCUGAAUCAACAUUACAGAAUACACACUGGUGAAAAACCUUAUAAAUGUGACAUUUGCAAUAAGCAAUUUAAUCAGUCAUCCAAUUUGCGUUCUCAUAAACUUAAGCACAUUAAAAAAAAUGUAUUUAUGAAUGCUGAUUAUUACUAAUGUAUUUAUCAUAAUGAUUUGAAAAAAGUGCUCUGCACAAUAUUUUACUUCAAUUAAAAUUAUAAUUUUGCAUAUAUUUUUAAAUAAUUGUGAUUUAUUGUUGCAAUAUUAGUCUAAACUUGUACUAUUUUAGAAAAAAAUUAUUUUCUGUACUGUUAUAAUUUUUUUCAAUGGGAAUCUCUGAUGCUUACCAAAAUGGAGGUUUAUUUGUAGGCAAAUUCUAUACAUAUUCUACAAGUAACAAAUAUAAUUUGAGAACUCACAUAGAUAUGCAUACCAAAGAACGGCAGUAUAUACUUGGAGUGUGUCAAAAGUCCUUCAGCCAAAAGGGUAAUCAUCAUCAUUAUAGUAAGCACAUCGGAGAAAAACAUUAUAAAUUAAAUGUAGCAUUUGCAAUAAGCAAUUUAAUAUAUCAUCCAAUUUGCAUUCUCAUGAACUUAACCGCAUUAAAAAAAUGUAUUCAUAAUUGCUAAUUAUUACUAAUAUAUUACAAUGAUUUGAAAAAGUGCCCAGCAUAAUAUUUUGCUCUAAAUGAAAAUA